UACUUGGACUGAACAAGAUGCCCAGGGGAGAGCAUUACCUAGAUGGCAACUUUGGCAGAGGGAAGGGGUACACCUAUCUUUCAGCAGAAGAGGUUGCAGGCAUUGGAAUUCUCAUUGUGGUUCUUGGUGCUUUACUGAUUCUUGGCUGUUGGUAUUACAAAAGACGCAGUGGUUAUAAAAGCCUUCUGAGCAAGAGUUUCAGAGGGGCCACCAUGCAGACCUCAGAAGGUAAAAGUGCUUUGCUGGGCUCCAGAUACCCCUUACAAGAAUACACCACCAACUUCAACCAUGUGGUGCCCGAUGCUCCACCAGCUUAUGAGAAGAUCUCCGCCAGCCCUUUACCACCACCAUAUGCGCCAUGAAACAGGAACAAUUAAAUCAGAAUGGAAGCUAUAGCUAGGUUCUUGCUUAAAUACAUGUACACUCUUUCCUUUCUAGCACUACAUAAGGAAAAAAAAUAUGCCUGU